AUGGCUACCCCUACCAUGGCUGCCCCUACCAUGGCUACCCCUACCAUCCUACCAUGGCUACCUACCAUGGCUACCACUACCAUGGCUGCCACUACCAUGGCUGCCACUACCAUGGCUACCACUACCAUAGCUACCUACCAUGGCUACCUACCAUGGCUACCUACCAUGGCUGCCCCUACCAUGGCUGCCCCUACCAUGGCUACCCCUACCAUGGCUACCUAUUAUGGCUACCUACCAUGGCUACCACUACCAUGGCUACCACUACCAUAUCUACCAUCGAAAUCUACCACUACCAUAGCUACCACUAUCAUGGCUACCACUAUUUAUUAUUGA